CUGAAGGGGUCGUGGUCGGUGAAGAGCCCUUGGGAAGCCCUGCUGCUGAGGCCGGAGGAAGCCCCAGGUUCUGGAGGCCUCGAGGCUGCCCCGGCCCGUGACCCACGCCGGCCCAGCUCAUGGUGGGUGGAGACGCCCGGAGGUAGGCUCGGAGCAGCGCUGGCCCGCCGCACACCCCAACCAGGCAGCGUCUGCACCCCGCGCGGGCUGCAGCCAGUGGGUGAGGCUGUGAUGGCGACGGCUGAGUGGCUGAGGGAGAUGCAGGAGAUAGAUGCACAGCAGGAAGUGAGGUGGGGAGCUCGGCUGAGGGCUGCACGCAGGCACCUCUCGGGGGCCCGAGCCGCGGGGCCUGCCCCACACGGGGCUGAGGAGGGGCCGGGUCCGCAGGCCCCCCGGGAGCUGCCGAGCGCUGGGCCCCCUUCCAGGCCUACCUUGGCUUCGCAGGAUGGGGCCACAGGUGCCCCCAGCCCCGCCUGUCCUCUGGGCCCUAGGGGGCCUUGCCCUGCUCCUCUGGCUGUGGGCACUGUGCACGGCCUGCCACAGGAAGCGCGCGCAGAGGCAGCAGCCCCCGGGCCGGGUGAUGCAGGCGGAAGCGUUGCUGCUGAGACGACACCCGCUCUGCACCCUCAGCAAGUCCGACACCAGACUGCAUGAGCUGCACCGGGGCCCCGGCGGCUGCAGGGUCCCGAGGCCUGUCAGCAUGGAUGUCCAGCGCCCGCAGUGGCUGGAGGUGUCCAGAGGUACCAGCCGACCUCUGGUGGCCUUCUCGCCCCGAGAACCUCCCUUCUCACCGGCUGCUGCCUCACCUUCCAUCGGCCCCGAGGCCACCUAUUCCAAUGUGGGGCUGGCCGCAGUCCCCAGGGCCAGCCUGGCAGCCAGCCCCGCGGUGUGGGCAGGGGCACGGCUCACCAGCAGCCGUGCCAGCCCUGGGCCUGAGCCCAGACCCGAAGUGGCUGAGUAUGCUUGUAUCCGGAGGCUCAAGGGAGCAGCUCAGGGCCCCCAGGGCCUGGGGCAGGGAACGGCCGCGCCGACCCCAGCUGUUGAGGUGGACAUCCUGUACUCCAAGGUCAGGAAGCCUAAAAAGAGGGACCCAGGGACUGCUGCAGACCAGCUGGACCCCAAGGGCAGCGACGCGGUUCUGGCUGUGGGAAGUGACCAGUCCCACGAGACCCUCCCGCUCGGGGGCCUGGGCAAGGAUGACGGCCUCCUGGAAAAUGUGUACGAGAGCAUCCAGGACAUGGGGGCCCAGGGCGCCUGGAACCCGCUGCUCCGGCCCGAGGGCACCUGCGCCGGGCUUGGGGGCUCCCGGCUUCCCCAGCCUCAGCCUCGGAGGAGUCUCCACGGCCCCACCUGUUGAACAGCCACGUGUAGGCUCCCGUUCCCCGGCUCCCCGCCUGCGAGGCCCCUGGGGCCCUGGCUGCCGCCCUCUCCCGAGGCCUUAAUAAAUCCCUUGCGGGCGCCCCGCAGCCCUGC